AGACACAAAAUUCUGAUUCUAGAUCUUCACACGGAUCAACGACUAUGUCUUUCCUGAGAGAGAUCAGGCCAAUGGUGAAGAACGCUUUUGUCUCAGAGAAGGAUAUUUUAACAAGUCAUGCUGCACGGAUCACAGCUGAAAUACACCAGGGUGAGAGAAAAGGCUAUAAUGAGGUGCUUGAUUUGUCUUCGGGUGAUCUCCACAGAGGGGGAAUAAAACCCAUCACCUUUGUUCGUCAGGUUCUUGCUGCUUGCUACUAUCCCGCUCUUUUGCAGGACGACAGUCUGCCAUUGGAUGUCAGAAAAAGGGCACAAAGUCUCCUUAGAGAAUGUGAUGGUGGAAGCGUCGGCUCAUAUACAGAUUUAAGUGGAAUCGCCAAAAUCAAACACCGUGUGUCUAAGUUCAUUACCAGGAGAGAUGGAGGAGCUCCUUCCUCACCCGAAAACAUCAUCUUCACUUCUGGGUCGCAGCGAGCCCUCAUGAUAAUGCUGAAGCUUCUGGUUCAGAGUAAGGACUCGUGUCAGACUGGUGUGCUCAUACCUGUGCCCUCCUACGCGUCCUUUAACCUGAUACUGAAAGUGCAGGGUGUUGUCAUGAUACCUUACCAGUUAUGUGAGGAGCAGGGCUGGAAACUGCAGGUGGAAGAGCUUCGCCGAGCACUCCACGCAGGAAGAAGAACUUGCAAUCCCGUAGCACUCUAUAUCUGCAAUCCAGGAAAUCCAACAGGUCAUGUACAGAGCAGGGAGUCCAUAGAAGAGGUGAUUCAGCUUGCCGCCGAAGAAAGGGUCUUCCUACUGGUUGAUGAGGUGUACCAGAACUGUGUGUAUGGAGCAGGAACUGAGUUUUAUUCUUAUAAGAAGGUGUUAUCAGAAAUGGGCCCAACUAUUUCCACCACUGUGGAACUAGCCUCCUUCAACUCUGCCUCAAAGGGCUUCAUGGGAGAGUGUGGGCUUCGUGGUGGCUACGUUGAGCUGGUGAAUCUUGACCCUGCGGUUAUGGAAUAUAUUCGUAAACUUUUUUACACUGAGAGCUGCACACCUGUUGGUGGACAAAUUGCUCUUGACCUCAUGGCAGAUCCUCCAAAACCUGGAGAUCCUUCAUUCCCCACCUUUUCUAAGGAGGUCCAGUCAAUUAAAAAUAUGAUAUGUAAAAACACUCAUCGGAUUCAGGAGGUUUUUGAUGAGCUGCCAGGAAUUAGCUGCCAGCCACUGAAGGGGGGAUUUUUUGUCUUCCCACGUCUAUAUUUCCCUCAGAGGGCAAUACAAUGGGCCAAGAAUAAAAACAUGGAACCAGACAUGGCUUACUGUUUGCAUUUGCUUGAAGAGACCGGUCUGCAUGUGAGACCAGGCUGUGAAUAUGGACAAAGAAAGGACAGCUAUCACAUCAGGCUUUGUCUGGCAACUGAAGAGGAUAUCAUGGAAGAUGCUCUACAACGACUGAAGACUUUCCACAAGUGUUUCAUGAAAGAGUUUGCCUAGCAAAUGCCAUCUUGGUUGUGUGUAUUUGUUAGACCAGACUCUGAGAGCAAAUGUCUAGUUAGAUGUAAACUGAUAAAAAAAAUAAAAAAUAAAAAAUAAAAAUAUGUUAAAAAGAUUUGUGUUAUUUUCCUACAGAGGUAAGAUAAUGUUGAAUACAAUGUUGCCAUCCUUUUAAAAACAAAAUUAAAAAUUAAAGGGAUUGUUAACCCAAAAAUGUAAAUUCAGUCAAUAUUUCAGCCCUUAUGUUCCAUUACACUCAUGACUUUCUUCUGUAGAACACAAAACGAGAUGCUAGACAGAAUGUAAGACUUUCAUUGUAUGGAAAAAUGACGCAAUAAAACUGAAUUGUGACUGAGGCUGUUAUUCUGCCUAACAUCUUUUGUAUUACAUGGAACAAAGAAAGGUGUAUUGGUUUGGAACAACCUAUGGGUGAGUAAAUUAUGAUAGAACUUUUAUUGGGUAAACUUUCCCUUUUUAUAAAAAUAAAAAAAAGGAAAAUUUUCUGUGCUUAUUCAAUAUGUUACUCAAAUUUUUUUGCAGUUUUAUUGUAUAUUAUGAAAGUAUACUACCACCCAUAUAUACAGCACACAUUUAACCUAACACCAAACUUGAUGGAUUUGUGUACACAUUGUAUACAGUAUACAUUUUAGUAGGAUGUAAUAGAUUGAUCAGUGUCACUUUAGUUCUAUGAUGAACAAAAAAAUAAAGAUAUGUUUGGAGAAAUAA